CGGCGAUCGGUCGGUUGCGCUAACCUCAAAAACGGCCGGACGAAAUCAAAAUUCCAGUUCAAAUGACUACUCCGGGAAUGUCUUCGAAGCUAAAGCUGUACCUGGGCCGGAAGAUCAUUGAUUCGCUUAACCGUGACGCUAAACUGUCUCCGGUGGAGUUCCUGCCGCUGUUCCGGGUCGGCAGCCCGCCCGAGCCGGCCAAGAUCGAGCUCAACGUGUCGCUUGACGUGCUCGAGGCGCAGCUGGGCGUGCCGGACGUGAACGAAAUCCUAAAAAUCCGACCGGACGACAUAAUCAGGAGCGUGCGGCUAGUGAGGGACCGCGCCAACAGGAAAGUGUCGUUCGAAAUCGACCGGCGCGUGUUUAUGCGGGACGUGAUGGAGAACUGUUUCCACCCGGCGCUCAACGUGAAACCGAAGAAGGUGGUCGUCGAGUUCAGCUCGCCCAACGUGGCCAAACCGUUUCACUACGGCCACCUGCGGUCGACGAUUAUCGGUAACUUUCUGAGCAACCUGAACGCGUUCGCGAAGAACAAGGUGACGCGAUUGAAUUACUUGGGCGAUUGGGGCACGCAGUUCGGGCUCAUCAAAGUGGGGAUGGACGAGUUGGGGUACGGCGCGGACGCCAUACGGGAGGACCCGAUUAAAAUCUUGUACAAGUGUUACGUGCACGCGAACUUGUUGGCGGAGAAGGACGGGGAGGUGAUGGAACGCGCGAAGCGCGAGUUUUCGAAGCUAGAGCGCGGCUCCGAGGAGGAGGUGGCCGGCUGGCGCCGUCUUUUGGAUUACACCAAGUCGGAGCUCGACGGGACUUACGCGCGGCUCGGCGUGAGCUUCGACGAGUACCAUUCGGAAUCGAUGUACGGGGCGAAGAAUAUCGCCGAAUUGCUUGAGACGUUGCGUCAGAAACGGGUCAUCACCAAACAAGCGGAUGGCAAAGAGGUCACAGAGUUGGGUAACCAGCGCUCGGCAACUGUGGUGAAAAGCGACGGCAGUUCUUUGUACUUGACCCGGGACAUUGCCGCUGCUAUCGACCGGUACCGUAGGUACGACUUUGAUCGCAUGUAUUAUGUGGUGGAGAACGGCCAGAGCGACCAUUUCCACGCGCUGAAGAGCGUCAUCCACAAGAUGGACCUGCCGUGGGCGGACCGCCUUAUCCACGUGAAAUUCGGCCGCGUCAGGGGCAUGAGUACUCGCAAGGGUACCGCCGUCUUCCUGAAGGACAUUCUCGACGAGUGCCGCGAACUGGUGGUGCAGCGCCAGAUCGAGUCGCCUACGACCAAAGUGCCGGUGACGGACGAGCGCACCUCCGACGUGCUGGGCGUCAGCUGCGUGAUUGUCAACGACCUGAAGCAGCGUCGCCAACGGGACUACGAGUUCUCGUGGGACAAGGUGCUCCAGGUCCAAGGCGACACCGGCAUCAGGCUCCAGUACAACCAUUGUCGGUUGUGGGGCGUGGCCAGGAACGCGGGCGUCGCCGCUGCCAAAACGUGCGACCCCGACGUGCUGGCGGAGCCCGAGGUGACGGAACUGCUCACCGAGCUCGCCAGGUUCCAGGACGCGCUCCACGUCGCUAACGAACAGCUCGAGGCCUGCCUCCUCGUCAAUUAUCUCUUUCAGUUGUGCAACCGCAUCGGCAGAGCGCUGAAGGCGCUGCGGGUGAAGGGGGCGGAGCCGGAGGUCGCGUCGCAGCGGCUGCUGCUGUUCGACACCGCGCGUAAAGUACUGGCGAGCGGCAUGGAGAUUUUAGGGCUAAUUCCGCUCGAAAAGAUGUGAUACGUAGGCGCGGUAGAAUGUAGUCGACUCAAUAUAUGACGAAUGGAUGGACCUUCUCUUUUACGCGUUUCGCAAGUUCAAAGUGUUCGACGAGUAGUCCGAACGAACCGAUAACUGAAAUGCCGUGUUGGAGUCGGUAGUUCAAAUGGACCAUCGCAGGGACGCCGAACUAUUGUCGUAGCUAUGAGCCAACGUUAGCGUCUGUAGUUUAAGUGUUCUCUGGCAGGAGUAGCAUUAUUACUUAACAUUGCCUACUUUUUAUUAUUCCAAAACCGCAACCCGCUAUAGAAUACCCUGAAGCAUACCCUUUCCCGUAACCAUUCCAGGACCGUCCUAGGAAUUUAUCAAUCAAUCGGGUUAAAUAGUAGUUAAUAAGUACUUACCCUCCGAACUAUCCAGUGAAAACAGCCUCGCAGCGUCAAAGCUCGAAAAUCAGGUACAUAAACAUAAAUAUCUGUUGGGAUGGGUUUUGCCACGGUCCUGCGAUGGUCUGCGGUUAAGGUACCGUAAAAUACUUUAAACGUCAAAGCAAUUAAUGCACGAUAUUUUUGGUCGUACAAUGAUGCAAUGAGCGUCGUCAGUGCAAAUCGUCCCUCGCAUUAUCGCUUCAAUCACGCCCGUAACCGCCAUUGAGUAGUUCAAAUGAACCGCGAAAGCGGGGUUCGAACGUCGGAGCCUCUCAC